AAUUUUCGACAAAAAUCAUCCACGAGAUUUUUAUCACAAUAACAAAGUAGAUCGACCCCAGUGUUCAAUCUCCAAUAUAACCGAUCAGCAAUAGCAGUGUGAUUCACCAUUCCAGCGGAACCGUUUUUGAAUUUCCGCACACUGAGGAUCAUCCCAUCGUCUGUUGGUUUAGCUUCAUCCAGAUCAUCUUCUUCGUACCUGAAAUCGUCAACUGGAAAUAUUAGAAGCCCCUGGUCACAAAAAACAACGUGUGUUUCGAUGAGCUCUUACAGCGUCCCCGGACAAUCAGACAACGCAGAACUCACUCGAUGGUACCGGAAAUGUUAGCCACUCCUCUAGAGCCGGACAGAGGCACUAGAUAAUUGUGGAUUCUCCACUUUCCACCAGCCCCAAGAGCGGGCGCCAGAGCAAGAAGAGGAAAAGCAGUAAACAAACACGACCGAAGGGACCGCUCGUAUCCUGUCCAACCCCCGUGUUGGGAGGGCAAUCAGCUGGGGGGUGCAAGCCUAUAUAUAGCAAGUGAAGAUUCUUGCAAAAGGGCCGUGUACCCACGUCUACACGGAGAGAAGACAAAUAUAGUUCCGAGAGUACAGAACCUACCGCUCGCUUGUGAUAAUGACGGGACAACGGUUACCGCCGCGUUCUGGGUUCGUCCACUAUCAGGCGUUCGUGCUGCUUGCGACGAUAAUGCUGAUGCUGCAUCAUGCACCCGCCGCCCGCGCGGACAUUCUCGUCUAUCAGAUGCUCAACGAUCAGAUAAUCGAGGAGUUCCGCGACCUACCGGGAACGUUUGGGGGAGAAAUUCCCGACACUGGCAUGAAGGUCCUUGCAGACUGGGCCGAUCCACCUGACGGAUGUACCGAAUUUCAUCGGAAGCCACCAAACAACAGCAGCAAAUAUGCGGUGGUUAUUGCCAGGUACAACUGCUCAUUUGAGGUGAAAGUGCGGAAUGCCCAGCAGGCAGGUUACGCUUUGGCCAUCAUACACAACGUUGGAAGUAAUGAUUUGGAGCACAUGUCCGCCAGCCACCCGCAGGAUCUGAUCAUCCCGUCGGUGUUCGUAGGCGAAAGUAGCGGCCGGAGCAUCAUCGAGGCGUACACGUACGACCAUGACUUCGCCCUGGUCAUUACCGACGACAUUCCGUUCAACAUCAGCAACAAUCUGAUCAUCCCUUUUGCGAUCGUUGUCGGGCUCUGUUUCAUCAUCAUGCGCGCGUUACAGGUGCUGUUCAUGAUCAUUCGCUGCAUUCGGGAGCGUCGCCGUACGCUACGGAAUCGUCUUCCGGCACGCAUGCUGAAGCGCAUCGGCAUCGUAAAGUUCGCCAAGGGCAUGCAGUACGAUACGUGCGCCAUCUGUUUGGAUGAUUUUGUUGAGAAUGAACGGCUGAGGGUGCUACCGUGCCGCCACGCCUACCACGCGCAGUGCAUUGAUCCGUGGCUCACCAAAAACCGGCGCGUCUGUCCGAUCUGCAAGCGAAAGGUGAUUGUGCGCGGUGAACGUCUGCAGCCACGGCGCCGUUGGCCCAGCGACAGUAUGUCCUCGUCGGAUCCAGAUGAAACGACCCCACUUCUGAACUCUACGAACGAAAGCAAUCAGCAGGCGGCCGGGGUUACUCCACCCGCCACAUCGUCUUCCAGCCAGGCGCAGAACGGCCCGACCAACGCGGACAACUCCUCAUCGGCCGGUGUCAUUCAGACUUCUCCUCGCCGUACCGCACACGAUCAACUGCCGCAGCAUCAGCAACAGUUGCAGCAAAAUUCUACACCAACCAGCCACGUGGUCAACGUUCUACCGUCGGACGACGACGAUGAACUGUUGGACGAUCGGAACGUACCGAACGCACGCUGGCUCGGUCGUGGACGACCCGGACCAGAGCAACAGCAAGAGCCGAUGAAUGAGUCACCGUACAGCCCGAUCGGUGACGAGGCUACCUUAUCCCGUUGGCAGCGAUUCAAAAGAUUGUUCACACGUACAACCGUGGAAAACGAUGCCGAUGAGGAUAUUGAUCCCGAACCACCGUCAAACCAACCACAAACAACACCUGCAUCGGCGACAACCGCAGCCACCGGUCCCGCCCUCAUCGGCAACAGCAACAAUAUUCUCAACGUACAUCUGGCCGGUUCAUUCCACGGCUCGGAGGAUACCACCGACGACGAGCUGCUCGGUGCGAUGAGUCGCGAUGUGGCAAAGCGUCGUCAGUUCCGGUCGGCUCCGGACAUGCCCUCGACCAGUACCGUCGCGUCCAGUGCUGGUGCCCCCCGGGUCGGUGUGGCCGCGCUACCGAAUGAAAAUUUCAAUCCCACUGUACAGAUUCCCGACUAUUUGCAUCGGAUUACGCUUCCCGCUGGGCCCGGAAAUGGUGGACCUGCACGUACCGGCGGCAGCAGCCGUGGCCAACCGAGGCGGAGCCGCAAUCGGGGGCGUCCACAUAACGGCGGUGGCGGCGAUGGUAGUCACAUCGUUUAAACGGCAAACGACGGCUAGUUGGUGGGUCGUUUUUACGGUGUAAGUGGAUCUCCUACGAGGAUGUGCAAAAGUUCCCAGCAACCGGCGGCGGAACACAAACCAAAGCAACGGACGGUGAUCCGUUUGUUGCGCAAACAAAGCAACGGGCGGAUUUUUGUGCGUGCUGUACUUGAGAUGGCAAGAAGGGUAGAAAGCAAAAAGGAAGGGAAAUUUAAAACGAUUGUACCAGAAGUAAAAGGCGACCAUAUUGCUGUCGCUGUAACACGUGAUAUAAAAUAUGCAUAAGAGUCAUAUUUGGAGCCGACCAGCAAAAGAUUAUGCAAAAACAGCGCGGCCGUAAAGCGAUCACUCGAAUUUUAAGCAAACAUUGUUGUGCCGCGUUUGUGUGCUGUGUUUUUUUCUGGCUUGCGGCGGGCACACGAGCAGGUUGCAGAGUUCUCCGCGGGUUCCUCAUUUGAUGCACCUUAUUACCUUUAAAAGUAUAGUCAUUCGUAUAUUAUCAUCAUUAUUACUUUUUUGUUUUGUUCGUUUGUUCAUUUUACUAACCGGAACUGAUGAGCCACGGCAGGAGAUGAAAUGAGAGAGUUUGAAAGGUGGAACUGGAAUUAAGUUGUUCAGCGUAGCGUUACGUGCAUUUUGUUCCCCUCAUUGGCAUUGGUGCAAAUUCAAAGCGAUCAAAUAUCUAUAACACGCACGGUAGGACGUAACACAGCGCUUUUCUGCUGUUAUGAAUGUGAUUGGCGGAGAUUGUUUUAUGUUGAAGGCAAACAAACGAGGCAAACACGUUGCGCGCGCGUAUGCGUCAGUUUCAAUGGGAAAGAGAAUGUGUACGUGUUCAGUUUUCCUGAGUUUCGUUUUGCUACAAAAUUAUUACAAUCUUUCCUGAAUGGUCCUUUAAAUAUUUUAGCUUUCCUUAUUUUACCACAAUGGUGAAUACAUAUUAGUAGCAAAUAAUCAUAGCAUAGUUCUACGUAGGUAAAACCAAGGACAACACAGGAACAGAAUGAAACAAAAACAAGAAAUGGGGUUAUAUUUGUUGCUAGAACCAGAGUCCACACUUUCAACCACCCGCCUGCUGUAUCCAUCCACAGAUGUGUUUUACGCGGAGACCAGAAUUGGUAGAAUAAAAAGUAGAAGUGAAUCGUAGCAACCCCCUUAAAAAAACGACUCGAGAAGGCGACGAUAACAGAAAAUGCAAACGCACGUGUUCUAGCUAUCAUCGGUUUACUCUAGGGGGUGGUGGGAGAGAGGUACCCCCAAACGGUGCGCAGUGUUAGUCGAUGGAAGCGUAGCGAAGGAAGAUUUCUUUAGCUUCCUUCGAUAACUGUUGAUUUUACUAAACCAACGUAGUGCGAUGAGGAUAUUGUUCAAUGUACGUUACUAUCGACGUUAGCUAGCGAUGAAUAUACUUUUUCUUACGCUUUAGUACUAAUAUAUAGCAAGGGAAAGAAAAUCAUUGCAUGGUGUGUCCUUACACUGCGUUCACAUACGGGAGAGUUCGACUCGAUCGAUCCAAUCGUGAAUGGAUGUUAACAGUGUGUACAGUACUAUCGCACCGACUGGAUUUGUCCAAAGCGCCCAUGGAAUGCGUCGCAAGUUGCAAGCUUCAUCCUCCCCUCUAGUUGUACAUGAAACGUUGCCAUAAAUGACGAUGGAAGAGCAUCACAACCAUAGGAAAGGGAAUCGAACUGUCUUACCGCGAAGCAUGAAAAAUGGAUUAAUAAUAAAACGAAUAGUUGA